CUCCGCUCCCCCACUCUCCCCCGCGCCCUCCGCCCCCAACACCUGCUCCUUCCUAGACCUUUAUCCCCCUGUCCCAGUCCCUGAGCCGGUCUCUGCCCCAGUCUGGCUCUUCACUGCACCCCGGCGCCUCCAUUGCUUCCCCUCCCCCCACCUCCUCGUGGCACCCCCAUCUGCUCCCCGCCCCCUCUAGCCGGGGAAAGGCCAGCUGACGCUUCCGGCACCGCCCCUUUCCCGGCAGGGCCGCGCCCCGAGCUUCCCGCCCGCGGGAGCAACACCGCCCCCCGCGCCCCACCCCUCGCCCCGCCGCCCGCCGGGGUCUCCCAAGCCCGCUCUGCGCAGGGCGGGGUUCUUCCUCUGCAGCGGGCAGACCGUGGACCCGGGCGCCGGACAGAGGCUGGAGGGGGGCCUAGGUGGGGGGAAUCCCCGGUGGCUGUCCGGCUCCCCACCCCCACCGCGGCCACCAGUCACCGCUCCCAGGCGGGACCCCGAGGCUUGCGGGUGACUCUCGAGUGGUGGCCGCCCUGUGGCCCAGAGAGCCCGGUCGCAGGCGGGUGGGUGAGCGCAGAAGGACGCUGGCCCUGGACUGCUGUUUGAGGGGCCCACCCCCCUCCUCACAGCUCAGCACGCUGGAGCAGUCUCAGGCUGCCUCACCUCACCCAGCCCCUGGGUCAGCUGAGGACAUGGCUGAGGCGCUGCCGCCGCCUGCCGCUCUGGAGCCAGCCACAGACAGGCAGCGCCAGGGAGGUGUGCAGGCAAAGGCUCUCGCUCUGUCCAGCGGGCACCACUGGCAGUGGACAGCGACGGGGAGGGGCCUGCACUCUUGCGAAUCCAGAGACCUGCACCAGCUGAAUGAAUGUCCCCAGGACGUCAUACUGGCCCCCUCUAUCGAUGGCCCUGUGCUAAUGAGACCAGAUGAGCAAGACAUGGUGAGCACACUGGGCCCUCCUGAGUGAGAGAAUCCCCUCCAAAGUAGAGGACAGAUAAGUGACUGCCUCUCGCAGCCCCCGCCAGGACACACAGCACCUGGAAGGCUUCUGGGAACUUGAAGAGCAUAUUCCACAUUUGGGGACUCUGUUCCAACCCAAUACUGGGGGACAUGAAAGGACAACUCUGAAUAGGCACAGAGCAGAACCAGCUCUACCGCCAUCCAAGCCCAGCUCCCGUGUCCUGGCUGCUACUUGACAAUCUGACCCUGCAGACCAAAGGCACGGGUGGUAAGGGGUGGGGGUUUAAAGUCAAGUGCCCAUGGAAGACCCUCCCCACAGUCAGGUGCAGAGGAGGGCCGUGCUAUCCGCAGUGGGUGUUGCGUGCCUGCAUCGAGGACUCUUGCCGUGGUUCUGGGCCCCUGCGGAGAUGCACGGCCUGGCCAUGGGAUGCCCCAUGGGUGUGUCUCUGCCUUGCCUGCUGGCACUGGCUCUUAGACCAGCCCCACCAUGAGGCUGAGCAGGCAGUGGUCGUCUUCAGGGGGAUGUGGUACAUCCAGGACAGCAGGAGGCAGCACGCAUAGGUUGUCCCGGCCUGUGUGGACCCCACCCCGUGAUUGGUGUUCCCAGAGCAGACCCACAUUCACACCAUUGCCGCCUCCCUGUCUAACACAGCUUGGCUGAGUUCCAGGCCACUGUCCAGGGACUGCCAUGAGCGUCUGUCCGCCUUGGUGUCAGCGGGAGCUGGCUCGUCCUCUGGUGGGGGCCGUCCUCUGGUGGGGGCUGUCCUCUGUGGCAGGGUGUCCUGUGCCCUGGCGGGAGCACUCCUCACCAGGUCGUGACAACCCACAGCACCUCCAGAGGUGGUCCCCUGUCCCCUGGGGGACACGACAGCUGCCUAUUGAGAACCGCUGGCUCACAGAACAUCUCAUCCUGUGGAUCCCGCCCAGUGUCUGUUGCAUUGGACCAAGGGACGCGUUUACAGCAAAGUCCGGGGUAGGCCUGACCAGGGGCAUUUCUAGAAGCUUCUAGCCUGACAAGGCAUGCCCUGUGGGGAUGGAAGCCACCUCCAGGACCUGUGUAUGUGCCAAAGCAAGAUGCCGGGGUCUGGGAACCAAAGUGGAGGCCCUCUAGGCCCUGCAGUCCCCAGUCCCGGCUCCCACAGGGUGGGGCUCCCCCAGGGCUAUGGCAGAGUCUCUGCCUGGGCCCAGAAGGACAGCGGAGGUCCACAGUUCACCCCAACCUCGCUCUUCCAAGUUCCCCUUUUAGAAAGAGGCCCUGGCAGCGCAGAGGUGCGACGGGGCAGGUGCAGUGGGCAGGAGCCGGCCGAGUCCCGGGAUCCGAGCCGGGCAGGGCGGUCCCACAGCGCCACCUGUCGGCCGCGCGCGCCCAGGUCCUCGGCCCGGGCUGGGCGACUCCGAGGGGCGGGAGAGCGUGUGCGGCCCCGCGGUCCGCCAGCUGGGCCCGGGCAGGGGUCGCAGUCUGAGGCUGGGUCCGCUGCGUCGGGCGGGAGCUGGCGGGGCGCGGGCGGCACCGCGUGGGGAGGGGCGGGCCAGAGUCCCCCCAGGAGGCGGCGCUCCCGGUCCCAGCUCCAGCCUCAGCCCCGCAGGCGCCCCUUGAGCACCUGGGCAGGUGGACCCCAGCCCCACGGUCCCAAGGACCCUGCCUAUGCCCUCGCCCCUGCCCCGGCCCCGGCUCUGCCCGCGGGGUCCCGCGGGGUCGUCCCCCAUUCCUGCUCAACCGCCCCCGCCAGCCCCUGUCCCCCAUGUCCUACGGGGACCCCUCCUGGCUGGCCCCGACCCCCCGCUGAGGACUCCCUAGCGUUCACUGGCGACAAGGUGGAGACUGGGGUCGUCCCUGCUGCACGCCCGGGAUCCUGCUCCCAGGGUCCGGAACCGGGGCCCCUGCCCUGUACACCUGUCCUCGACGCCCCCAGCCUGGACAUGGGGGUCAGUAGUACCAGGACGGUGCAUGGUCAGGGAAGGGGAACUAGGGCAGAAGCAGGACAGAGGUAUCGGCUGAAAGGUAGGGCGGGGGUCCCAGACCCGGCUGCAGUCCUACCUGAUUGAUGGCGGCUCCACAGGGCUGAGCAGGGCAGGGACGUGAGGGACAUGGGAGACGCCUGUCUGCGCACGUGGGGGUGCACAAGGUGGCCCUGGGCCAGCCCCUGCCUGGGUCCUCCUCCCUGGCUGUGCCCUCUACUCCUCCCCCAGGUACCCCCCAGGGACCAGGCCUGCCUUCAGGGCUUCCCGCUGGGGUCGCUUAGUUCCCGCCCACCCAUGGGUAGCUCCACCCUCCCACAGGAGACUCAGGUGCUUGGCCCCCCAAGGCCUCAGCUGGUGUUCCCCCACUUCUUUCCAUGGCCAUCCCUGUGGACUCUCUGCCAUGCUCUGACCCCACUUUCUGAGUCCCCCAAGGGCCCACACAGCCCCUGCCCCUCUGGCCUCUGCCCUUGGUCUGCACGGCCAGGACCCCAUCUCUAGGUGGUUCCAUUGGCGCGUGAAGCGGAGACUGCCUGAGAGGACUGCAGUGGACAAGAGCAGCCCCCAUCUCGCCCAAGCUGAGCUGUGCCCCCUCCAGGGAUUUGGGACGCCCUGGCCUAGGGUUAGAGGGAGAGGGGGAGAGGCAGUGAGGCUGCUGAGUGCAACUGACUCAGGAAGAACCAGAGGCGAGAUGCAGGGCCAGGCACCACUCACCACUCAGCCUGCCAAGUGGGCUGUGGCCGCCUCUGCCUGUCAGGGACCCACAGGGCAGAGUCCUACAGCAGGGCUCUUCCAAUACCCAGGUGAGCAUGACCACCUGGAGCCCAGUGAGCACAGGUGCACCGAGGUGGGGUUCAUGGGCACAGAACAGUGUGGACAUGGGGGUCAGUAGUGCCAGGACAGUGCACAGCCUGGGAAGGGGGGCCAGGGCAGGAGCAGGACAGCCAGCCACCUACCCCUGGGGGACAUCGGCAUGGACAGGAGGGACGGCGUGACUGAGGAGUGGGUGAGGGGGACCAGGCCAAGUGGGAGGCCCAGGGAGGAAGCCGUGGCCCCUCAGAACGGAGCUCCCAGAGCCUGCAACCUCUCACCCGCAGCCAGCUUUCUUCUUGGAGUGUCUUCAUUCCCAGGUGAGGAACAGACGGGUUUUGUGAUUGGCUGUUUCCUCCAGCAAAGCCCCCAAAGAUGCCUUUCCUCUGCCCGAGGGUCCCUGCUUGUACAUCCUUUGAAUGACUGAAGAGGGGCCCAUAGGUUGGACCCCUGAAACCCACCUGGUCACGUCUUUAGGUUCUCGCCCGAGGGAGGGGGAGGGGGAGGGCCCUCCCCUACUCCUCUCCUCCCUCCUUCCCUCCUCCCCUCCUCCCCCAAGCAGCACGUGAGUCCUGUUCAGGGACAGCAGAGCCACCAGCCCAGGACCGGACCUACUGCCUCUGCAGACCUCGGCAGCCCUGGUCACCUCCCAGCUCUGGCAGGACAGGUGCAAACUCAGUGGUAAAGGUCUGUCCUGAUUAAUGAGACAAACCCAUACCCGUUCUCCU